UUGCUUGCCGUUUUUCGUCCGGCUUCGAGAGUAUUUCUCGUCGUCACUUCUUGGGCGCAGUUGUUGCGAGGUUACGCGAGAUGAUCUGUUGGGCCUCCGUGCUGGAACUCCCACCUCUCGGCGAGUGGUCGGCCUAGAAAAAAGAAACGAAAGCGGGCGAGACCAAAACAAACCAACACCGGGCGCGUUCCACAUCACGAGCGGCGUGACUGCGUAAGUCUACCCCGCCACAAUGUCGGGCCUGGACUCCAAUCCGUUCGCGGACCCGCACGCUCCCAGCCCGUUCGCCGAUCCGGCCGUCACGCAAGUGACAAGCCGCAGCCAGCAGGCGCAGUCCGGGUUAGGCCUAGAGGACUACAACCCGUUCGCCGAACCGGCGCAACCACGACCACCGACUACCACGAGUCCGCCCCAGUACAGGCCUUCGACGGCGGCUACGCCGGCUGCGGUCGUCCAACCAGCCGUCAUGCAAGCCGUCGCGGAACCGCCUCCGGCCUACACGGCGGGCGGUGCUCAGUCGACCACGAUCUCCACGGCGGAGCUGCAGAAGCGUCAAGAGGAACUCGAAAAGAAGGCGGCCGAACUGCAAGCCCGGGAAGAGGCCCUCCGCGGCGCGGCUUUCAACGCGCGGGCCAACAACUGGCCUCCGCUGCCGGAAAAGUGCUGCGUGGCGCCCUGCUUCUAUCAGGACAUCGGGGUCGACAUCCCGCUCGAAUUCCAGAAGAUAGUGCGCACCGUCUACUACUUGUGGAUCUUCUACGUGCUCGUGCUGGUGCUCAACUUCCUGGGCGGCCUGGCGAUCCUCGUCAUGGCGGGCGGCGCCACGCACUUCGGCUUCUCCAUGCUCUACAUGAUCCUCUUCGCGCCUCUCUCGUUCCUCUGCUGGUUCCGGCCGCUGUACAAGGCGUUCCGCUCCGACUCCUCCUUCAACUUCAUGGUCUUCUUCUUCGUCUUCUUUGUCCAGCUGAUCGUGAGCGUCAUCUACGCCGUCGGCAUCGGCACCACCGGAGCGUCCGGCUUCGUGGUCGCCAUCGACGCGUUCAGCAAGUCCAUCGCGCUCGGCAUCUUCCUCACCAUCGUGGCGACGGGCCACGCGGUCAACGCCGCCUGGUCGGGCAUCAUGCUUCUGCGCGUGCACCGUCUGUACCGCUCGACGGGCGCCUCCUUCGCCAAGGCGCAGCAGGAGUUCACCGCGGGCGUACUUCGCAACGAACACGUCCAGGGCGCAGCCGCGAACGUGGCCGCCGAAGCGGCGCGCACCGCGGUCCAACAGAACAUGGGGAGCCGGUACUGAGGAGGCGCCGCCGCUACUGAGAUGUCACUAGCUACCCCUCCUCACCGACACAACAAACGAAGCACCUACGCGAUUUUACCGUUUCUUCUCUUCCCUCUUGCGUGCGUGAUUGUCGUUGCUGCUUUGCAAAGAGGUGACCUAUCUUUAUUGGACAGAUGGGAGCAGGCGCCGAAUAUGUUGAACCUCCUCCCCUCUUUAUGCUGGUGUUUUAGCUCCCCGUGUUAAGGACGUCUGUCCAUCUUUUUUCCAGGCUUUUUUUUUUUUCAAUGAAAAUAAACAUAAAGCGCUGUUCUUUGAUUACAAAUGAUUCCUGUCGCCCGAGAUAUGUUCUCCUUACUUGAACUGGUCCAGCACAUCAGGGGAAGAGAAGACGGGCGAGCCAGCCAGACGAAGGGGCAAAUCGCUCUGUACUUUCAUCUGGCCAGAUAUUGUCGUGUUUCUUCCGUUUCUCCUUUCCCGUGGUGCACUGUAGCACUAAAAAUGCAGCGAACUCGUCCUGUCUUCAAUGCCUAUUAAAUGACCUCUCUUGAAUUCACUCUGUCCCGCAGUGGACUGCAAAACACCCGCAAUCAACACUCGUGUCCUGCCUGCUGUGGUGAAAGAACACGUGUGAAUGAGAAAAAAAAAAGUUUCGGUACUUUAGUUUUCUUCUUCACGUUUCUGAAUGAUGCAUGCCUCUUAAAAGUGAAGUUGCUUGUCAUAAGUUUUUUCUUCCCCUUUAUCCCUACAGAGGUGGAUGGGCAUGUUGCCUCUGUUGCAGAACCACAAUCAAGAGUUAGACAAGUGUUGUCUCCUUGCAUUUGGGCGGAGUGGGUGUAUUUUGGUGGCUUUUUCAGGGAAUGCUUGGAUAAGUCUUUAUGGGCUGCUUAAGCUGGUGAAGGAACAGCAUUUUUCUCUCCGACAACUUGAUGGCAUGUACACGAGAAAAGACUGUGGCAAGUGCUUGUUUGCCGUACAAGUUAGAUUUGUGUGCAGUUUCAUCUCGUCAGUGCGAACCUUUAUUAUUAUUUUUUUAGCGUGAAAGGUUGAGAUUCGUUUCUAGUGUGUAAUUUCAGGUCACGUUAUGGCUACUUCACAAUGCAACAUAUUGAGUUAUUUUUGCGCUGUGGAGGCUGGCUGUUUUGUUUGGGGCAAGGUACCGAAGCACGUUGCAGGCCUCUGCCCAUACUUUUUGCAGAAUGCGGGCACAGCUGAUGCGUGUUAAUUCUGUGCACUUUGUAACCCUUUGGAGGCGAAAGUUUAUGUGCAUGUGCCAGCACUGUUGAUUUUCUGGCAUGUUUGCAUGGGAAAGCCCUUUGAAGGCUCUUUGUUUUUGACUGAAGUGAGUGCUCUCCACUUUGAUGUAUCCCAAACUUGAUAUGGAGAGUGUUUUUUUUUUUUUUUUGGUCCACUAUCUGACUGAAAAGCAUGCCUGUAGAGUGGUAAUGAAGUCAGUGGCAUGCCAAUAUAAGGACUAGUCUAUCUCGAGGAACGCCCGUGUCUGAACGCCCACGGCGAAUGUUGCCUCUGCCCGCACGCCCCAAAAACACCGUCCUAAACUUCACCGCAGAAGGAUUCUUUUUUGUUGUGAAGCUCCUUAUCACUUUUAUCUUGAGUACAUGGAUGAGUAAUGACUGUGGUGGUAUUUGCUGAUAAAACUUCUGUUUGCUUGUUUUUAUAUGGUUGCUAGAUUUGGCACUGGGCUGGUCUGGUUUGCCCAUGAUCUGUAGAGCGCUACUCAAACCUUUACCACGGCCAGUGAAAACGAGAUGGAGUAGGCAUGUGUCUGAAGUGUCUUUGCCUUGUUCUCAGCUGACAUACAAGUCAAAAACGCAUGGAGCUCGGGUGAAGAACGCAAAAUUGUUGCCACGGGGGGUUCUUCGCUAUGCAUUGUUGGCAAGUGCAUAUCGCUUGCCUGUUCUAUUCGAAAUGGCAGAAGCUAAACUGAAAUGUUUGCAUAUUGGUGAGUCGGGCAUGUCUUUUAUCAUGUUGAGAGGCAGUCUUGAGAGUUUUAUAUGUUUAAUUCAUCCGUUGCUAUAUUGGGUGAUCUCAGAUUUUGCCGUUUGUCUGGCAAGUUCCCUCCGCUUUGUUCUGAUAUGUCAGUGGCUGGGAGGCGAAUGUGCACAGUGAUGUUGCAAUUAAAGACACCGUGAGAGCAGCUUUGUUCUUGUUUUUUUUUUUUUUUCGUGUUUUCAAGUGGUACUUACUGUUACUUGUAGGGCUUGAUACACAAGCAUGGGUUUUUGUAUAGAAGCAUCAACUGCUUGCAGCGUUGCAGGAAGCAGAGGCAUUGCACAUGUCUGCUGAUGGCCUUACAUAAUAAAGCAGUUUUAUUUUUCUUGUAAAUGAGCAAAAGCACUUCCUUUGAUAGGUAGUAUGGUCCAACAAUUUCUUUUUUUCGAUACAAGGAGUGUUGUGGAUUGACCACGGCAAAGGUGGGGGAAGUACUGAAAGUUGACAGUUAAACACUCCUUUUUUACAUUGCAAUCUUUAUUCUUGUGUGUGUACAUAGUUAGGGAAAAUUUGUGCAUAUGAUCAAACGUGGAAGUGUGUGGAAAGGUACAACAGGUGAUCCUCUUAGUUUUAUUUCUCCCUUUGCACGCUGGAUGUCAGCAUGUACUAUCUUGAUAAGACACUUCCCUCAGGAUGGUAGCUCGGAGGAUAUAAAUAUAUAUAUAUAUAUUUCUUGCCUCAAUGUUUGUGUUCUAAUAAAGCUUGAAGGAAGAAA